GUUAAAUAAAGUACCUAAAGCUGUGUGGAGCGCUGGAAAGCUCAGAUUGAUCACAUGUUGGGAAACAAUGACAUCUCAGAAACUUGCCAAAGUGUUCCUGCAGCCAACAUGCAGAGCUGGCACUCUCUAUGGGAGAUCAAAGACCACACUGGGCACUGCAGCAGCAAAGUUGGACACAGAAAAAAAACUGAAGGGGAUUGAGGAUUUACCAGGACCCAGCCUGUUAAAUGUUUUAUACUGGAUCUUCCUGCGGGGCUACCUGUCUCGUACACACGAAUUAGAGGUGAGGAGAGUUUAAAACAUAGAAAUCCUGAGGAAUAAGAGGGAUUAUUCACUAAACUAAGAAAUGAAAGGGAAUAGGCAUGGUUAACAGAACACUGGGUCAGGGUCUCAGUUUGCAAUGUAAAAGGUACAGGCACAGUGUGCAAGAGCAUUUCUUUACAGAAAAGGUGGUUGAUUCAUGGAAGAGACGCCCAGUGGAGGUGGUAAAGACACGGCUAUAUUAACAACUAAGUGGGUUUACUAUUCACAUGUAAUGUGGGAGUCCUGACAGGCUUGUUGGUUUAUUCUAUUUGCUGGCAAAGACUUUGUUUUCUCUUCACUAAACAGUGCAAAAGCUGUGGUGAACUGAAAAUGGCGUGAAUUUAGUGGCAAAUAGCCAAUUUUGGAACAGAGUUGUGUAUGACUGACAUUUUUUUAACAACAUUAUAUCCCAAUUUGUGUUCAGCAGAGGUAUUUUAAUUACUAAAGUGAGAAUUUAAAGUGAAUUUCAGAAUGAAGGCUGGAGUAUUAAUAGACUAAAAGCUCAGUGGACUUUGAAAAUGUUUCUACUAAAGGCACAGAGACCACCUAAUCUCAAUGUAGUGGUCUGUGUGUGCUGGCCCUGUAGUGUUACACCUUGUGAUGUAAAACAUUGCAGUUUUUUUUUUUUUUAGAAACAACAUUGAAGGGUUGAACACAGCUCUAGUGGCUGUGCCCUGUGUCACAAUUUAGCAAAUCAAGUGCAGCUCAAAUGGAAGCACUGGAUUUAAUGCCUCCCUUUGCUAAACAUUCUAUUGUCAUCCAUCUCGUCGACAAUGAUGUCGCUGGAUAUAGAGCAGGUGGCAGCAUCGAGUGAGUAAUGGCGCUGGAAAAAUGGUCAGCAAAACCUAAUUUCUAAAAAUGUAUUCAUUUAUUUUGAUGGGCGAAAAGGGCAGUGCCUGAAUCUAAAUAUGCACUAGGAGACUAUAGCAUUAGCAAUACAUGUUUGUAUAACUAAUAGUUUAGUGUUCAUUUAAAUUUGAAAAUCACUUUGAAUAUUCUCACUCCAGUAAAUAAAUAUAUAAUAUAUAUAUAUAUUUUUUUUUUUUAAAUAAUUCUGUUACAUAAAAUUCGUAAAAGUAUAUCGUUUUGUGAUUCAGAAAUGUUAUCGACAACAAUUUAUGACUUGGUGGAAAAUUUCCAACAUGCGUUCCACAAUAUACUGAUCUACAAUUAAAAACGUGUUGUUUUAGGCCAGAGAAUCUGCCAAUUCCUUCUGUAAACACUGAAAAGCAGACUGAGCAAAAUAACAUUCUGGUUUUCAUUUUGUUAGGGUUUACUGGGGAAAAAAACAAAACAGUUCUUGAAUUGUUGAAUAGUUUCAUUGAAAUUAACUGUUUGGAGAUGAUGGCUUUUCCUACCUUGAACAAAAGUUACAAAGAAACAUUGAAAACUUUCAAAAACAUCUUGAAGAAAAAAGCAUUUCAAUGCAACUUUCUUGAUUUCAAAGAGGAUAACAGUUUUCGAAAGAAAUGAUAAUCUAGACAUAGGUUUAAUUUUAGAUAUUAGAUCUGAUGAGAUCAAGUGAACAGAACCCGAAAGACAAGUUUGGUUGGGGGCUAACGAAAACGUUUAUGUGGGAGGAAAUUACACAAUACUUGUUCCAGGGCCGGUGCAAGGAUUUUUAGCUACACAGGCGAAGAUGCAUUUUGUCGCCUUCCUUCCCCCCCACCCGCAAAAAAAGUGCGUCUUCACCUGUGUGUCUUGUAACCGCCCCCCCCCCUUUUGAAUGUCUUACUUUCUUACCCUCUUUAGUGUUUCAUAUCCCCUCUUUUGAACGUAUUACCCCUCUUUAGUCCUCUUUAGUGUGUCUUACAACCUCCUUUGUAUGUCUCUUACCCCCAGCCCCUUUCUUAGUUUUAUUCUCCACCACAGUCCCUCUAUGUGGCUAUUUCUCACCUUAGUCCGUUUUGUGUGUCCCUCCCCUCCAGAUCCCUUUGUGUGUCUUUUCUUCCAAGCCAUGUAGACAUAGAUAUGCAGGCAAAAAUACAUACAUAUUUACACAAUCAUAGAGGCACACAUACAUUGUUUUUCAGGCACACAAUCAAACAAUGUCAUACAGGUACACUGCCAUACAAACACAGACAUAAUCAUACAGAGACAUACAGACAGAGAGAUACAGGCAGAGACAUACAGAAACAGUCACACAGACAUACAGACAGUCACACGGAGACAUACAGGCAGAGACAUGCACACAUACAGAGACAUACACACAUACAGAGGUACAGAGACAUGCAGGCAUACAGAAACAUACACACAAAGACGUAAAGGCAUGCAGACACAUACAUACAUACAGACACACACAUACAUGCGUACAGAGGCAUACAUACAUGCACACAGAGACAUACAUACAUGCACACAGAGACAUACAUACAUACAUACAUACAGGCACACAGAAACAAACAUACAUACAAUACCUACACAAAUGCACACAGAGACAUACAUACAAUACAUGCACACAAAGACAUACAUACAAUACAGGCACAGAGAGACAUACAUACAAUACAGGCACAGAGAGGCAUACAGGCACACAGAGACAUACAUACAUACAAUACAUGCACACAGAGACAUACAUACAAUACAGGCACAGAGAGGCAUACAUACAUACAUGCACGCAGAGACAUACAUACAUACAAUACAUGCACACAGAGACAUACAUACAUACAGGCCACAGAGACAUACAUACAAACAUGCACACAGAGACAUAUAUACAUACAGGCACACAGAGACAUACAUACAUACACACACACAGACAGUCACAAUUACAUACCUACUGUACAUACAGGUCCUUGAGGUGCAUGCUGACAGGUGACCGGCUCUGUGGAGUCCUGUCUUGCAGCCCAGCCUCAUCACUGGGCACCAGCCGCGCUGUGUGGUACACAGGGAGCAGGGAUAUGAUGUCAUUCAUAUCCCCGCCCCCUCCACACAGCUUUCGUCAGACACCAGUUCAGGAAGCUCCUCGGGCAGCAGUAAGCUGGGCAGGUGGUAAGAGGCUGCGCUGAGUAGAGGCACUUGCACUAUGCCAUGCUUCAUAAAGUAACCGGCUGGAGGGGAGUGCUCCCCUCCAGCUGGACAGCCUGACAUUGCGCCCCCAGGGCUGGUGCGCCCUAAUGUGGCCGCCUGGGCCGCCUUAUGGAAGCGCCGGCCCUGACUUGUUCCAUAAGAUUCACAUAGCCUGCAUGAAAAAAAAAUUGUUUCAUUGUCAGUCAGAUGUUAACUUACUUUAAAAAUAAAUUGAACUUGAAGAUCUUGCAGGUUCUAGCAGGCCAUUAACAGGGCAUGUGAUAAGCAAUUCCAUAUUAAACAGAAUGUACAAUAAAGGAAGAGUAAACAUUAGCUGACUCUUUACAGGAAGUGUUUAGGAAGACUGCGCAAGUUACAUGCAGGAAGGUGUGGUUAGGUCUGUAUAAACAAAGAGAUUUAACUCCUAAAUGGCAGAUAAUUGAGCAGUGAGACUGCAGUGGCAUGAUCUAUACACCAAAACUGCUUCAUUAAGAACAUUUUGUUUUGGUGCUGGUAGUGUCCCUUUACCAGAGAAUAAUAUAAUAACAAAAACCAGGUCAGGUACAAAGGACAGCAGAAAAAACAUGUAGCUUGCUGAAUUAGUAACAAAAAUAAAACAGAAUAUCAAGAAAUGUGCCAAGGGGCAAUGAAACCACACGUGGGCACUUGGAAAACAAGUUUUCAUUACAUACAUACAUACAUUUUAUUUAAACAAUACACUUGGCAUAAGUAACAAUAGAUGGCAUAAGAGGAAGGGGCAUCAGAUGUGGAGGGCUCUUGGCCAGACAUGAACAGAAGGAGUUCAAGUACCAGAAGGCUAAAUAAGAGAUGCAGAGAACAGCUACAAGUACCUGGGGGUACCACAAACACAUGGCAACAAUGAGGAAGAGGCAAGAAGGAUAGCAUAGCAACAUUCAGAGAUUCAGACAGGUCCUGAAGUCCCAGCUCAAUGGCAAGAACAAGGUCCAAGCCAUCAACACAUAUGCCCUAUUGGUCAUCAGGUACCCAGCUGGAGUAAUAACCUGGCCAAGAGAAGAACUGGCAGCCAUGGAUGUCAAGACUCAGAAACUACUUACUAUGAAUGGAGGAUUCCACCCAAAAUCCAGCACCCAGAGACUGCACACUACCCAGAAGGAAGGAAGUCAUCCAGGCCUCAGUCCUGGAUGAAACACGGAGCAUCCACAAGUACAGCAACAAGAUGGCCUCCAAAGAUGAACUACUAAGGGAAUACCUUAGACUUCAACAGAUAGAGAAUGCAGAAAAGGAGGAGGUUCAAUGGAAAGACAAACCUCUCCAUGGGGUGCAACAUGGGCAGAUAGUAGGUGUGGCUAACGUGAAAAAAUCCUAACAGUGUUUUGAAAAGGCAGGAGUUUAAAGACAGCCCUAAUCCUAGCAGCACAGGAGCAGGCACUCAGCACCAGAUCAAUAGAAGCGGGGGUCUACCACACCAGUCAAGACCCAAGGUGAAGACUGUGAAAAGAGGCCUCUGAAACAAUACAGCACUGUCAUGGAGUGAUGGGUCCAACAAGCAAAGUUACGUAAAGCAAAUAUAAAAAAAAAAGAAGGCAUAUUACCGGACCUUAGAAUGGCUGAACUGAACGCUAAAUAGAAUGAUACAAUACAAGCCAAGGUUAGGGAUAACAGGAAUCAGAAUAAACAUUAGAAUCGCCAGAGGUCAAGGACAAUCACAAGAUAGAGUAGUCAAGGAAAUGCCAAGGUAAAUAAGCCAGAAGAUACUAGAAUAAGAAACGUGCUCUUGGAUAGACCAAACCAAUGGAAAUCAUGACAGGGCAUCUAAGAAAAGGUGUUCAAAGAGCCUUAGGAGGGCUCUAAGGGGUUGAUUGAACCUGGUGGCACCAAAACAUGCCAACAGUGUCAUAAAUGGAGGCGACGCCUUUAAAUUGCGAGUCUGUGGAAGCGGCCGCCGUUCGUCGGAACACCAGUGCGACCACUAGCUGUGUAGCAUAGAGAGGGGAGGGAGAUCUGGCAUGAGAUAAGUAUUUCUUUGUUAUCGUUAGUGUGUCCACACCGAUCGGGUGCCAUGUGACAAGCACAUAGUGGCUGGUUGCAAGAUGUUAGCAGGAACAGCAUACACUGAGAGAUACAACCAAGUUGCUGGGAUUGUGUACUGAAACAUCUGCUCAGAAGUCCAUAUGGGAGAUACCACCAAGGGUAGCUGAGAAUGACAGGACUAAGAUUCUGUGGAACUUCCAGAUCCAGACAGACAAACAACUACUGUCCAACCAACCUGACAUCGUGGUGGCAGACAAGGAAGCGAAGACUGCAGUCAUGGUGGAUGUGGCAAUACCCAAUAACUACAACAUCAAGUACAAGGAACAUGAUAAGAUGUACAAAUCCUAAGGAUUGAAAGAGGUGCUAGAAAGGAUGUGGAAAGUGAAGGCAUUGGUUGUUCCAGUAGUGAUAAAAGCACUCGGGUGCUCUGAUUCCCAAGUUGGGGGAGUGACUUCAACAGAUUCCAGGUGGGACAUCGAACUCUAAACAGUUGUAAGAACUGUGAAGAACUCUUAGAUCAUGCUACAAUGACAAACAUAGCAGCAUUAAGUGUGCUGUUUAACAAUACAUCCAAUAUAUUAUACAUGCUUAUUAUUCUGCUAAGAUUUAAAUCUGGUCUGAUAAGCUUUGGUUCAAAUUAGGUUUAAGGUAUAGUUAAUGUGACUUGAGUGGAAGGAUGAUACAACCAUCUUAUAUAAAUUAUUAAAUUAUAAAUACAGAAUAUCACCAAUCUCCCCCACGCUCUCUCCACUGAUACCACAAUGACAUUUUAUCUGGAGCAGACAUGGUGAUGCAUCUUUCCAGCGAGAAUGUUCUAUUAUUGGUCAUUUCAGAUCAUUCAGAAGAAAAAGUAUGGGCCCCUUUGGAAAUCCACUUUGGGAAACUACAGUCUGGUGAGUGUGGCCAGCCCAAAGAUUUUGGAGUCACUGCUGAGACAAGAAGGGAAGUACCCUAUGAGGAAUGACAUGUUUCUAUGGAAAACACAUCGGGAUAUGGGAGGCCACGUGUAUGGACCUCUAACAGAGUGAGUAUAAAUUGUGACAUGAUUUGCCCCAAAAAAAGUAUAGAGUCUUCCAUGGGACAGAAUUUGUCUUUCAGUAUUCCAAAGCUGGUGACCAUCGUGAGUAGGACCUCUCGGCAUGGGGCAUAUCUCUUCUAAAAGGAUGAGAAGAAGAAGGGGUUAGAGGACAGAGGAGAAGGGAAUGGUGUUUUAAGUUACCUAGAAAUUAUUGUAAACUCCAUGUAGGAAUACUUCAGGAAAUAAAGCAGAGUUGCAAGUGUUUUAAAUCUUAUUAUUAUUAUUAUUAUUAUUAUUAUUAUUAUUAUUUUUGACGUUUUUAAACUUUAAGCAUACAUUAAGUUUUUGCUAGCAGUACACUGAUGAAAGGACUGUAAUAGCCAAUCCCAACCACCACGUAGCAAGGGAUUGCAAAACCCAUGGGCAUCUAAUCCAUAAAUAGACACACUGUCUCCAUAUCUCUACCUAUUAAUAAUAAAUGAGUAUGUGUUCGAUAACCUACAGUAAAAGGGUAAAAAAUAAGAUCUAGAUAUUCUCUUUAUCGUCCCAUAAAGAGGGGCUCAUAAAAAAAAGAAAAGAAAUAAAAAAUAACAAUACAACCAUUAAAAAAUGAUUUUAAAAAAAUUGACCAGUCCAAAUGAAAAUCAGUAGAACAGACAGAAUUAAUCAACACGUUUAAUGUUAGAUAUAUUUAUAUUAUGCAUGAGACAUAAUGACGAGCAUUAAGUAAUUUGCCUAUCUAAUCCUAAUGUCCUCUUUAACCUAUAACCCUCUCGUCUCACAGAGAGGGUCAUCGUUGGCAAAAACUGCGGUCUGUGCUAAACCAACGGAUGUUAAAACCGAAGGAAGCCGUACUCCAUACAAGAAAUUUUAAUGAGGUGAUUUCUGAUCUCCUGAUAAAGAUUAAAGAAAUUAGAGCUGAAAGUCCAUCAGGAAUACUGGUGAAGAACAUGACUCACCUACUUUACAGAUUUGGCUUUGAAAGUAAGUUAAAGGUUUGUCCUCUUACUUAGAUUUACAACUUGGUAGAAAUAUAUUACAUUUAUAUAUAUAUAAAUAUAUACUGUAAUGGGACCUUGCUUUCCGGUUAACCCGACCGGUUACCUCCUGUUAGUUCCCUUCCUUCAGCCAAUCAGGUACUCUUGCAGGGUUAGGGGGACUUAGCUCUAUGCGCUCCCAGGCAGAGACGACACUCAGCUCUGGAAGCUCUUUAGUCCUUACCAGGACUUUUCCCCGUUGCAUCCCCUGCAAGCAUGAACAGCAGACACAGGGGGUGGAAUCUUCCUUCCCCCCAAUAACAGGACCACACACAGUUUUGGAGGUUUAAGCACUAGACUCCGCCAGACUGACUCACAAUCUUUAUUGAACACAGCCUUCGUUUAUGCACAGACCCCCACAGGGGGUCUCCAUUCCACACAAUACACUUCCCUUAGUCCCAGACAGGAGAGGGCCGCCCUGGGAGAUACCAAACAGUACACAAGGAUACACAGUAAAUCAUAUUACAUUCAGGGGGGUUACACUUUGGAGCUCGGCGCCCGUGGAAGGGGUUACAGGGUUAAAACCUACAUUGUUAGAUAGCCCCAGGUCCCAUCUGGGAUCCCUGCAAAAAGUAGGGCGAUUGGAUGUACAGAGCCUGAGCUAUCAGUGCCGAAAGUCUGGAGCUUGAGACUCUAUACAUCCCAGAAACUAGUUCCAUGGCGUUGCUUGCGCCUAAACCAAGCAACAACCAAUCAGCUGAAAGGGCGUGAACCAAAUCGCACCAAUCAGCAUUCAGGGGAAGAAGUAGUUUUGCCUCCUAAUCCGAAGAAAGGGCGUGAAACUCGGCUGCACCAAUCAGUGCUCAGGGAGUGGGCGACCAAUAAGAGAAGGAGCGCUUACUCGUGCCGUGGACUCGUGGACUUCCAUGCGGCCAGUGGGAACUCUGCGGCCGUGAGACCGAUUCACAGCUCCAGGGAUUCCCUGCUGGCGCGCGUCCUUCUCUCCGGUGGAUACCCCCGCUUGGCUGAAAAGUAAACUACAAGGGGAAACACCUAUUUAACAAGGGAAAAUCAUCACAAUAUACAUUGGGGACACAAAAUACAAAACCAAGCAUCUGAAUACUCAGUGGGCAUGGCACUUAGUGCCUAUGUCCCGCCACAUACACAAUAAUCUAAAAAUAUAUUUUUUGCUAACCAAAGCACGUUCUUUGGUUCAUUUAGAUCGCUUCCCCCUCACCCCCCCCCAUAUAAAAUAAUUAAGAAAAAUAAUAAUAAAAUAGAUAAAUAGAACGUCACCUGUAAUCCAGCGUUGGGCACUCUGCACUCAGCAACUUCUCCAUCUUCGUCUGAAAUUAUCAGCAUUAGAUUGGAUCUCUGGUCCAAUUUAAUACUUCUCAUGCAUUGGGGACCAAUACCAUUUGUACAGCCCUCUACCAAUCACAUGCUUCUCUAUGAGAAACAGCCAAACAUCCAGCAAUUUUUAAAGGUCUUCAAGAAGUGCAAUGGGCAACAUUAAAAUAUUAUGCUUUAAAAACAAUAAAAAUGUAAUAAAAAAGAAAAAUUGCAAUUUUUGUUGCCAGGUGUGUGCACGGUCUUAUUUGAAACCAGACUUGGAUGUCUCCAAAAAGAGGUCCCACCAGAGGUUAAAAAGUUUAUAAAUUCUGUUGACAUUAUGUUCAAAACUCAAGUGAUACUAGAAAGAUGUCCCAGGUGGUCGUUCAACAUUCUUCCCUAUUGGAAAAGACAUAAGGAUGCAUGGGAAACACUCUUCACUUAUGGUAAGUGAACCAUUACUUCUGCUGAGAAAAUAGAAACCAUCUUCCUGGGCAAACUGCGAUCAGAUUUGGUGUGUCAAAGUUAAAGGACAACUUGUAGGUCACCUCAAAACAGGUUUUUGGGGAAUUGUUUUUGUUUUUUUAGUAUAUGACAGUAACCUUCAUAUAGAUGUACCUUGGGUCAGUCGAUACUUAAAAACCAGAAGUUCGUCUCUAUGGUUUUUCCUGCUUUACUCACUCCACAGAAACAGGGAAGAUUAUAGAGACUAACUGUCCACUUUCAAACACUGUCCAUAAAAAAAUCUAUUUCCUUUUAAAACUUGAUGAAAUAAUUUUUAUAUUAAAAAAUAGUUUUGAGGUGACAGUUCUUCUUUCAAGAAUCUAAACUAGACAGUGAACCUGUUAUUAAUCUUCAAUCAGCUGGUUCCACCUUAGUUCUCGCACACUGGGGGUUAGGUAUACAAAGUGUCGAGCCACUAUACAGGUAUGAUUUAUAAUUUUCCAUCUGAAUCACUUUCCAGGUGGUUAAAACCCUUUCCCUACUGUUAUACAUUGGUACAUGGUGGUUUUUAAUCGCUUGCUCUGCCUUUGUAUUUUUAGCAAAGUAUUUGAUUGAUAUGAAGAUGGAAGACAUUGAGAAUCGAUUGCAAAAAGGAGAGACGGUAGAAGGGGAAUAUCUGACGUACCUGCUGUCCAGUGGCAAGCUGACUAUAAAGGAGGUGUAUGGAAGCAUGCCAGAGAUUCUACAAGCUGGGGUUGACACAGUAUGAUCUAGAUUCUAUAUACAAACCACAAGUUUAAUAAUUAGAGAUAUUCCAAACUGUAUGAUAGAGAGUCCAUGUGGAACCCACAGAAAGAAACUACAUAAUGUUUUAGCAAUGCCACAAGCAAUUAUAUACAGCAAGAUGUAGUGUUCCGACAGAACACAGUGAGAAUCUUUGUAUCUUUGUCCAAGAGCUCUGCCAAGUAGGGGUCUCUGCUGUAUGACGAAUACUGAACAUGAUCGAGAAAACUUCAUAUCAUUCAAUAUACCAGGCAACAGUUAAAAACCUUAGCCUUUAGGGGUGUCAUAACUGCCAUACUAUUACUAAUGACUUAAAAUCCAUUGCUGUACUCUUGGAUAAUGGAUUAUUUAUGAAAAACAAACAAAAUCUAUUAAAACUAUUUCAUAUCACAACUCUUACAAACAUGCAGAUACACAGACAUACAGAUACACACACAAACAUAUUUACAGAUACAGACACACAGAAACACACAUACAAACACAUUCCAGUUUCCUACCUUUUAGGUGCUGCAGGGGGGCUUCUGCUGUGAGGCUGUUGGGAGUUACGGGCUUGCUCUACCAGUCCGCCCCACUUCCUCUCCCUCCGGCGCAGCUUGUUCUGUUAGCUGGGAAGUAGUGACUGGUUCUCACUUACUCCCAGAGCUGAAAUAUUACAGGAGUCCAGUCAUGCUGUUAAACGCCCCAGCACAAAACCCAAAGUAAUCAUGUGGCUCUAAAUGCAUGGGCCACCCGACAGGGCCCCUCAGCGUAUGGCCCCGGAGCAGCUGCACUAACUGCACCGAUGGUAGUCCCACCGCUGAUCAGUAGUCAUUGCACUGGUUCCUCUUUUCUGAUGCAGAUUCUUUCAAUAACCUGGACAGAUGCUACCAGGGUUAUUCACUAAGGAGCGAAUUGCUGAGACUUUAAACUUUCUUUACAUACUCCGUAGCAGCAGUGAACAUAGAAACAAAGAACCAAUCAGAGACAAGUAUAGAAUAUAGCAGGCACCUCAAACUCAGGCACUUCCUCUAAACAAAGCGACAUCACAAGUCCCAUAUGAAACAAAACAAAAUAUUUCAAUAAUCAGAAGACAACAUCCAUUCAGGAUCCUUUAAAACGAAGAAAACUGCUGUAGGCACACAGAUGAAUUAAACGAAGAAAAACUAGGGCAGGUCCACGGAAGGAAAUGUCCGUUGAGUUAAAGCGACACUGUCAUGCCUAACUUACCUUUCCCCCAAUCGAUUCCUCUUUUCUCCCUCUCUCAGGAUCCGUUCUUCUUUUCUUCCUGUUUGCUCUAGUUUUAUUUAAAACAUAAGACAAACUAGGGACUAUUUUGUCUCAUGUAUUUUUCCUACCCUUGCCCAGCUUUGACCCAGGGGAGAAGCAAAGUCCGCUCCGUUUCCUGUGGUCAAAGCAAUUUUCCCACAAUUCUCACCUUCCUCCGGCUGCUUCAUUUGGCGUUUGAACGCCGGUGAAACUACCGAAUUUCGUCCUAACAGAAUGAGAACAGUUUGUCCAUUCAUGUUAGGAUGAAAUUCUGGACUUUUGUUCGGAUCGGAAUUUCAUUCAAAUGAAUAAAACACCAAUCCUGUUCGUGCCGUGAGUAGAUAGCUCCCUGAUUUUCAGAAUUGCCAAAAAUGGCCUGACCAUUCCACGCUUGCAUACAUUCAAGAGAUUAUCGGAGUUCCUGAUGAACUUCUUCUGUCACCGAAACCAGUUGAUUGUAUAUGGCAGUGUUUCCCAACCCAGUCCUCAAGGCACACCUACCAGUCCAGGAUUUAGGGAUUACCCAGUUGUGUCUAAGGUGUUUUUACAAAGAAGAAAAAAAACACAUUAGACAUAACUGGGUAAUCCCUAAACCCUGGACUGGUAGGUGUGCCUUGAGGACUGGGUUGGGAAACACUGGUAUAUGGGGUUCUUCCAGAGAAAGUGGGCUUACAGGCACUGCAUGGCCCAAUAGUGUAGCAGACCCGGGGAAUAUCACUUGAAUGGAUGAGGAUAGUAGACCCAAGGUGUCUGCGUGGAAUCGAUUCCCAACGGAGCACCUUGUGAAUUUCUUUGUGAAUCACAGAGACCUUCAACAAGGGUAAUCACAGUGUACAAGACUGUGAGUUGAUGUUGAACACCAGUCUGAGUGGGAACCAAUGCAGAUUUGGUCUGAUUGACUAUAAAUUCCAGGAUUUCCAAAAACUCCACGAUGUAAUUUGUGUGGGCCACCAGCAAUUUUUGGACAUGGCAAAAGAGCAGUAUGUAGUCCAAGUAUAAUAUGCAAAAAAUUGACUUUGUCCGGAGAUGGGUUAUUACCAGUCUCAGAACCUUUGUAAAGCACCACAGUAGUGAACUGAGCCCGAAUGGGAGGCAAGUGAAUAGCCAAGGGGCCCAGUACCAUAGGAAAUGUAGAAAAGGGUCUACAUCUAUCCUGAAAGGAUAGAUCCAAAUUCCCCAGGGCAGAAAUAAAAGGCAUUCGGUGGCAAAUGAAGCCACAGGCGAACGGCGAAUUACGCCACAAACGAGUUGGCCAUUUGCAGUCAAAUCUAUUAAACCCAGUGGGCAAAACAAACACACUUUGAACGUGCACAACAGUGUUCGGUGCACGAAUAGAGAGACAAAGAGGCACACAUGCAUGAGGCAACCUACUCACAAAUCCACAAAUUCUGAGGCACUUUGUUGGCGCUUUGUGCUGCCAAAUAAGUGAUUGUGAAUGUGUGCUCCAGCGUGGCGAGUGUAGCCACAUGGAAUCAGGGGCCACUAGAAGUUCCUGGCUUGCGUACAAGUGCUGGGAAUGGAGGGUAAAGGGGUUGGGGAGGGAUGGGAGAGAGGAAAAACUGGCAAAAGACAGGCAAAAUAAGCAGGGAAACCCAACCAGGAUCCGGGAAUGGGAUAGCCCUGCAAGCAGCCCUAGGAACCCACAAAUAACCAAGACAGACGAUUUAGAGUUGCAAUGAUAAAACAGUAGGCAUACAAUACAGAAUCAAUGAUCAAAUCUAUAAAAAGUGCAAUGUCAAUGAAAAUAGUGAGAACACAAUACUGUGCCCUGACUUGUGAUGGAGCAGCAAAGAAAGAGGAAGUGCCUCAGCUUGAGGUGAAUGUUAUAAACUAUACUUGUCUCUGAUUGGUUCUUUGUUUCUAUGUUUUUUGCUGCUAUGGAGUAAGUAAAGAAAGUUUAUGCAAAAUGUAAAGCCUCUUGUCACGUGGUCAAAUUCAUCCUUUAGUAAAUAAUCCUGUAUUGUGUAUCUUUCUGUAUCUCCCAUUUCCUUAGACGUCGAACACCAUGACGUGGGCUUUGUAUCAACUGUCAAAGAAUCAAGACAUUCAGGAAUUGCUGUAUCAGGAGGUGAUCGGGGUUAUCCCUUCUGAGUCUAUUCCAACUGCAGACGAUAUCAACCAGAUGCCGCUACUGAAGGCAGUGAUCAAGGAAACCCUGCGGUAAACUAUGCAGUUCAACUUUAAAAAACUAAUUCAACAAUAAACCCUCUUUAUGUAAAUUAUGUAGAACUGUCGUGUUUGAAGGAGGAGAAAGAGGAAAUACAAUUAUUAUCACCUGGAAAGGGUGCCAGGUUCACUUUAAGAGAUAACAGCUCCUAACACAAUGAAAAUAUUAUCCAUCAGAAAGAUAAAUGAUAUAUUAGAACAUUUGAGGAGCAACUAUGCCUCACUUCCUCUAUAGUGCUGCUGUUACUACCUCGAAAAUAGAAAAUUUUUCACUGCAGUGUCUCUUUAAAGGACCACUAUAGUGCCAGGAAAACAUACUCGUUUUCCUGGCACUAUAGUGCCCUGAGGGUGCCCCCACCCUCAGGGACCCCCUCCCGCCCGGCUCUGGAAAGGGGAAAGGGGUAAAAACUUACCUUUUUCCAGCGCUGGGCGGGGAGCUCUCUGCCUCCUCUCCUCCUCCCAUCCUCCUCCUGGGCUGAAUGCGCACGCGCGGCAAGAGCUGCGCGCGCAUUCAGCCCGUCGCAUAGGAAAGCAUUUACAAUGCUUUCCUAUGGACGCUUGCGUGCUCUCACUGUGAAAAUCACAGUGAGAAGCACGCAAGCGCCUCUAGUGGCUGUCAAUGAGACAGCCACUAGAGGAUUAGGGGAAGGCUUAACCCAUUGAUAAACAUAGCAGUUUCUCUGAAACUGCUAUGUUUAUAAAAAAAAAUGGGUUAACCCUAGCUGGACCUGGCACCCAGACCACUUCAUUAAGUUGAAGUGGUCUGGGUGCCUAGAGUGGUCCUUUAAUUUGCUCAGCGUUUUUAGAUGGCCUGCAUUCCAGCUUGUAUAGGAAUAAGAGGAGCGAGAUAGAAUUAUCAAACAGGUUCAUAUAGACAAACAAUCUGACAGAAGACAGGUAGUGUGACCUGUAUUAUCUGUGGAAUGUUUUACAUUAUACGGUUUAGAACAUUCAGUAAAAUAGCAAAAAGGGAAAUCAAUAAAAAUAUUAUUAUUUUUUUUGUCUUUAUUAAUUUCUAUUAUCUAGCAUGUACCCCGUGGUCCCAGAAAAUGGACGAGUUGCUGUAGAGAAUGAAGUGGUUCUACAAGAUUAUAUUUUCCCAAGAAAUGUAAGUCUCAUUUUUGCGUCAUUUUGAGUUUAUUGAGCAGCCAGAUGGAGAAUCCAGUUGAACUGUUUGCUGCGAGUAGUAUUUAGAGGAUUUUAUUAAAGUAGACAUGUCCUGUAUUAAGGAAACCACGAUUAGUCAGUCUGUGUUUUUAUUAUGGCCUGAGGGAUAUAUGACGAUAACAGUACAGGCAGCAAAAAGAAACCACACUUUAAAUAUUAGUAUGUGACUUCAGCAGGUACACUGAUAACAUUAAUGUAUAUUGGGCAGAUAGCAAAUAGCUUAGUCCAGUGUAGGAAUUAGGCUCAGAUUAAUCGGACUGCUUAAAAUCUUAUCUGUUUGGCGUAGAUAAUAUAACACUGACUAAUAGUCAGACAUACUGGGAUUGGUAUGAAAAUUGGAAAGAAAACAUUUUAUUAAAAGAUAGAGAUAACUGUGUCAUGCUGAGCCGUAAGCAUAGAGACUGUCCCGUUGAACUAUUUGACUCCUAGUCAGGAGAGAAAUUGGUACCAAGUAAUAUGCUAGCUGGCCAGAACUCCUUGUCCCUCUGUAAACAGAUUCAAAACUUCCAGGGACUCCAAAGUAAGCGCCAACCAGCCUCCAUGUCUGCUUGCAAGCAAAAGAACAUGCUUCCCAUUCAGGGUUCUCCGGGCACCGUGAUCUAUCCAAGAUUUAUUGCUAAAUGCAGGCCAUGGUCUGCCUGAGAUAUUUUAUCAAUCCAUAUUUAACAAUCCAUAUUUGCAAAUGCACAGAGUUAUUUACUAAUUCACUAAUUUGAGUUCAAAGUGAAUUUGAAUUUUUAACACAAAAUAGCUGAACUUAAAACAUAACGGAUUUGGAGAAAAUAAACAUUUUAUGUGUCCUAAAAUUUAACCCCUUAAGGACCAAACUUCUGGAAUAAAAGGGAAUCAUGACAUGUCACACAUGUCAUGUGUCCUUAAGGGGUUAAAGGACCACUAUAGUGCCAGGAAAACAUACUCGUCUUUCUGGCACUAUAGUGCCCUGAGGGUGCCCCCACCCUCAGGGACCCCCUCCCGCCCGGCUCUGGAAAGGGGUAAAACUUACCUUUUUCCACCGCUGGGCGGAGAGCUCUCCUCCUCCGAUCCUCCUCUUCUCCUCCCGUCGGCUGUAUGCGCACGCGCGGCAAGAGCUGUGCGCGCAUUCAGCCGGUCACAUAGGAAAGCAUUCAUAAUGCUUUCCUAUGGACGCUGGCGUGCUCUCACUGUGAAAAUCACAGUGAGAAGCACGCAAGCGCCUCUAGUGGCUGUCAAUGAGACAGCCACUAGAGGAUUAGGGGAAGGCUUAACCCAUUCAUAAACAUAGCAGUUUCUCUGAAACUGCUAUGUUUAUAAAAAAUGGUUAACCCUAGAAGGACCUGGCACCAGACCACUUCAUUAAGCUGAAGUGGUUUGGUUGCCUAGAGUGGUCCUUUAAAAUUCACUUUGGAUUUCCAACAAUUUGAUGAAUAACUGAGUGAAUUGUAGUUGGUUAACAUGAGUUGCCAAAUGGUGCACAAUUAAGGCAAAACUAGCAGAGCAGGAUAAAAUAAGAAUUGAAGAAUUUAUCCAGUUUGACUACAUUUGUCUGAAUUUUUAAUUGGUAAAAUAUGUCAUCUACCCUCAGCUUACCAGCUAGUGAAGAAAUAUCUGUCACUACAUUUUAAUCUAACUUAUGAGGCUAUCACUUGGAUGUAUUCUUGAUUCUAAAAUGGGUGGUAUCAAAAUAAUGCUGAAAAUUAUUUGUAUAAUCUAAUCGUACCUGCCAAUAGUCUCAAGUUCAUCAGGGCAGUCCUGAUGUGGGGCUCCUGUCUCACUAGCCCAGGUUUGUUCCCUUAUGUUCAACUUCUAAGGAUACCAAAGAAAUGUUUCUUAUAGUCAUUGGACUCUCCUGCACUGUGCAAACUGUAUGAAUGAACCUUUUUGAUAUUAGUUUAAAUGUACGGUUUUGCCCAGCUAUGUAUCUCUUAUUGCACACAUUGAAGAUCACCUUAAAGUAACUGCCUGGGUACUAAUCUGUUUUCCAGUGUUACUCAGUCUUACAGAUUCGCUGAAACUUAAUUUCUAAAGAGUUUGUUCACUAAAUGCCAAAUUGUACCAAACUAAAAUCCAAACUGCAAAAUCAAUGCUAAAAUAGCUAAAGAGGAAGAACUAUCUAUCCUGCUAUAAUCACAGUUUAGCUAUCUAGCCUUAUUCCAGCAGUUUACCGUAUAUGAUCCCAUAGUUAAUUUAGCCCGGGGACGUAAACUAACAAGAAUAGAAUCUUGCUGUCUGCAUUGUAUUCACGCUAGUAAUUCCACAUUUACGUUAAUCCUGUUUCUGUUCUCUCAGACUCAGUUUGUCCUGUGCCAUUAUGCAAUCUCACGGGACGAGACUAACUUCCCUGAUCCGGACAGAUUUAUACCACAACGAUGGCUGAGGGAUGAAGGGAUAAAACACCACGCUUUCGGCUCAAUUCCUUUUGGAUACGGGGUCCGAUCCUGCCUUGGGCGACGUAUUGCCGAACUGGAGAUGCACCUAGCAUUGUCACGAGUAAUAAAUGAAUGGGGUUAUUCUUUAACUGUGCCUUGAUCAAACAAUUUAUUUAUUCUGUAACAAUGCUAUAAAUCAUGCAAGGGUUUAUUCACUAAACAGCAACGGUAGUGAAAUGCAACAUUUACGCAAAAAACUGCUGAUUUUGGGGGAAAAUCUGCAAGUCAGGUAUAGUCUCAGUUACAAAACGGGUACAUCUCCACUAAGGGGCUCCUGUUUUCAGCUCUUAUAAUCUGCCUUUCUGGAGCCUAAUUGGGUUGGUGGGUUGAUAAGUAUCAGGAGCCUUGGCCAGUGUUUAUAUUACUUUUAAUUUUGGGGGCAGGUGGGAGGGAGAAUUUUAGCCUUAAGUUUGAAAAUCUGUUUACAAUUUAUUGUUAAAACAUUUUAAGCAAAAACAGAAAUUUUUUACAUUACUAAUUUAGGACUCGAUUUAAUAUAUUCGCAUAAGUCUUUUAACGGAUUACAAUUUUCCCAUAGACUUUAAUAGUGACCUCUGUAAACAUUGUUCUGCACUGUGGAAUUUGUUGGCGCUAUAUAAAUAACCAAUCAUUUGAAUUUUUUUUGUAAAAGAUUGUAUUUAUUGGAACAGCUUAAUCCAAAGAAAAUAAAAUUGAGGACUUUUCUAUUUUGGCCUAAAUAUUUUAAAUUCCCUUGAAGCUUCUUCACAUUUCCCAGUUUAACGAAUAAACCUGUAUUUUCGGUGUGAGAGAUCACUUGUUCCACCCGGUCUGCACAUUGAUUGAGUUUAUACUUUUAUUUACUGUAUUACCAGCCACUUGGUAAAUAUACAUCAGCUCUGCAAAUGCUUGGUUUUUAUUUUAGAUUUCACCGUUUGUAUUUAGAAAAACACAGAAAUUCUACUUACCGUAAUUUUUUUAUUUUUUUAUUAUUAAAGUCAGUACACUUGAGUAUUUGCCCUAUACUGGGCAGGAAACAGCAAAGCAAAUGCUUAAAAAAUGUAAUAAAUAAUCAAUCCACUCUAUUCCCUCCCACAACCUUUAGAUCAACAAAGCACGGAGAGUCCAAGGUAUGUCAGUGUUGCACCUGCAUUUCCCAGAAUGCCUCGACAUUGCCUCAAAAAGUUGUACAAAGGAGGGAAGUCUUUAGAAACUAGAGAAAUACCAUGUUCGAUGCAAGACAGGUUAUUAGUAUCCUAAAAAUGGUUACUAGAACAAAUGAUCUCAGAGACCUAAAAGAAAAAAAAAAAAUAUAUAUAUAUAUAUAUAUAUUUUUACGUAUUUAAGUACCAUGGUACUACGUAGGGAUCAAAGAACAUUUGUAACCAGAUCAAUGGUUAUUUAAAGGGAUAUACAUAUUGGUUUUCCUGGCACUGCAGGACCCUUUAUUCCCCCCACCCUCUCACCAGCGCUGGGUCAGGCUCCGCCUACUCUCCUCUCCUGCCGACAUCAGCCGGCGGGGAGACCUAAUGCGCAUGCGCGGCAAUGCCACGCAUGCGCAUUAGGCCUCCCCAUAGGAAGCAUUUUUCAUUGCUUUCCUAUGGGGAUUUUGGCGACGCUGAGGUUCUCACAUAGCGUGAGGAUGUCCAGCAUCGUAUAACACUCUUUUCGUGUUCUAAGAACACAGAAGUCCCUCUAGUUGCUGUCUGAUAAGACAGCUACUAGAGGAGGACUUAACCCUGCAAGGUAAUUAUUGCAGUUUAUGAGAACUGCAACAAUUACACUUGCAGGGUUAAGGGUAGUGGCACCCAGACCACUCCAAUAGGCAGAAGUGGUCUGGGUGCCUGGGAUGUCCCUUUAAAAAGGUUAUCACUUUAAAUUUUAUUCACAAAAGAAAUAAUUUAAUUUACUACUGGUCAAAAUGUAGAUCUCCACAUCUUUUACAGCUUCAACUCCCACAAUGCCUUGCCACCUUUAAGUCUGGGAUUAUUAUUUUAUUAUUUAUAUAGUGCCAGCAAAUUCCAUAGUGCUGUACAAUGGUUGGACGAACAGACACGUAAUUGUAACCAGAAAGAUGGACGCACAGGAACAGAGUGGUUGAGGGUCCUGCUCUAUGAGCUUACAUGUUAGAGGGAGUGGGGUAUAGUGACACAAAGGUAUAAGGAGGGGUAAUGAAAUCAGUUGCUAGAAAAGUUAUCACUGAGAACUUAGGUUAUUUUUGACAGUUGCAGGAGAGGCUACCAGUUUAAAUUAUCCUUGUUUAGUGCAAAGCAUGAAUAAUAUCAAAUUGCAGACUAGGUCAUUCUCACUGGCUAAUGGGAAAGAAUAGGACAUGCUGAUGAAUGUGCUAUAUGGAAAACAGAAAAUGUACAGCCUAUAGUAAAAUAUUAAAUAAAGUUGUCAUUUAAAAACCAGUUUACAAAAUAUAUGCAUGAAUAGCGGAUUUUGAUAAAUUCUCAAUUUUGGUAUUUUAGCUUAAAUUGUCUAGAUCAGUUUCCUACAAUGUGGUGUUCUCUAACACUGUCUCAAUAUUUGCUUGUCUAACUCUUUAGAUAAUAAAAAUGUUUCGAGUACACCCUGACCCGGACAUGGGAGAAGUAAGAGCCCUUAACCGUGUAACUAUGGUACCUGAUCGACCAGUCAACCUCCAGUUAAUUGAGCGGCAUCAAUAAAAAGCCACAGAUAACAUGUUCAUUCUGUAAGAGAACCUCGAACAUUAUCUACGAAAAGCUUUAACAAUUGGACAGUCUGCAAGGAGACCUACAACUGCCAUCUCUCCAUGUGACCAACAUGGUUUACUUCCUUCCAUCAGAUCAUUUGUCUUAGUAACCUACAUCUCAAUCUACGAUGAAUACCAUUUUCUUGUGGUGUUUUUUUUCCAUAAUGUUCCUGGCUGGCUAAUGUCAAUUCAGUGCAAAAUUGACAUCUGACAACAGCACACACUGCCAGACAGCCAAUGCCAGCACUGCCCUCCACACUGUCCGUAGCAACCCAGUCCUCCCUGACAUCCCUCCCACUUAGGCAAAGGGGAGUGAUGUCAGCUGAGGAUGAGGUUAAGGGAAAACUUGGCCUUGGCGAGGAAAAAAAAAUAAGCCCUUUUCUUUUUUUCUUUAAACCAAAGGGGCAUCACACUGAUUUUUGGUUGGAGUAAACUUAAAGUUAUAAUAUCCACUUCCCUUUACUGUAAAAACACAUUGAGGGCUUUUGGUUAAUUGCCCCACUCCGGUGUUAGCUGCUGUGUUCCCUGAGUAUUCUAAAGACAGCGGGCUGUAUGACUGUUUGGAUCACUGACAUCAAUUCCACUGUUUGUGAUCUGAAAAAAAAAAGCUAAUUCUCUUUUAUUUAAAAAUAAAUGGUCCUUCUCAUUUUGUAAUUUAUGUAAUUUUAAAAAUACAUCUUUACGAUUUAUUUUAUGAUAACCCCAUUUCCCCCCUCCCGUCAAAAAUUAGGCUGCAUGGGCAGACGAGAGAGAGAGAGAAGAUAUUAAUAGAUAGAUAUACACACAUCUUAAGUGGAAAUUGAUAACAAUUAGUCAGUAAUAAAUAUUAUUAAACAAUGAACAACAGUCAACAGUGUAUACAAAAAAUAAAUGAUACAAUAUGACACAAAGUGACAUUAAAAUCAACAGCUUUCAUUUACAAUUUUUUGUGUCAUAUUGUAUCAGUUAAUUUUUGUAUACACUGUUGAUGAAUGUUUAAUGUUAUUUAUGGAACAUUAUUGCUAAUCAAUUUGACCUUACGGUAUAUACACACUGUGAUUGGUAUGUGGUGUUAGCUUGACAGGUCGAAACGUUGCUGCUCUAAUACUUUGAUCCAAUAAAUCUGCCUGUGGCUUGAAUACUCUGAGUGCCUGGAGAUUUUUAUUUCUACUGUUAUAUCAUUGUUGGAUUUGCUGGUCCUGUUUCAGUGCACCUGGAGUCGACUGGAAUUGAGUGCUGUUCCCUUUGAUUUUAAUAACACUGUAUUCUAGGGCACAACCACACAGUUACAUUGCAAUAGUCCUGUACAAAUGAGGGUUCAGCACAUAAUCCUAAUAUUUCUCACCUUUUACUCAACAAUGAUGGCUGUUGUGUCAAUAAAUUGUUUAUUCACUAAGUAGUAAAUUUUAUACUGAAAUAGCAAACUCUGCUUUUUGGCCUGCAUAUUGCAAUUACAGGUUUCAACUCAUUAAAAUAUGAUGUUUAGUUACCAAACAUUAGUCAAUAUAUAAUAGCUUCUACGAGUAAUGUAAGCAGAAGAGGUUUGUCUUUUUUGUAAGAGGUGAGGUUUCUGGUCUCAUUAUAAGCCUCCCAACUAUAAAUACAAAGUCAGCACAAACUCGCUACAGUGUGUAAGUUAGCACAGUAGUAAUUCCCAUUGUGUCACAGGAGUGGUGACUUUAAAAUAUAAUCCUGCAUGUGAUACAUGGCACAGAUCAGAAUGUUUUGAACAGUCAUGUUCUAUAUGAAACAAUUGUGGAAGUCUCAGCACAAAGCCGAACACAACUUCUGGACUGGACAAUGAGAUUCCACAAACAGAGCAAAAUUCAGUUUAAAAAGAAACAAAGUUUUAUGUUCACAAGAUGAAACUAUCAAUCUAUAAUUUAAACCUCAUUAUGAGGCGCCAAAUAUGAAUAAUCAACGUCAACAAGUCUCCUUUUGAGCUGCACACAGGAAUCUCUUCUUUUGUGACUGGCGUUGAGGUGACGCCCAUGUCGCAAUGUGAUGUAUUUACAGACUGUGUGAAGAGACAGAUCCAUUACAAGCCGUGUAUCACACAGUCACACAGCCAAUGUUCUCGAUUGCACCUUCAGGGUCUGUUUUAUACAUCAUGAAGUGUCCUUGAACCUGUGCAGCACUGAGUUUGUCCGUGUGGGAGAAAGCUGCUUUAGCAAAUUGCUCUCCUGUAGUAAGUGUCUGGUCCGGGUAGAAACGGAGGAACAUUUGUGUGAGCUGCCAGUGAGUGCAGUGUCCCACAUACUGCUUGAAAUCAACACGCCCUGGGCGGAUCAGCGCUGGAUCUAAUCUGGAAUUAAAUCAAUGGACAGGCAAUGUUUGCAAUGCAAUCUUUCUUUUUAACAAGAU